AAGCAUUAACUUAAGUAUUUUUUAGGGACUAAUACUACAGGACUACAGGUUAAACCAAAUGUACUAGUAUGACUAACUGUGCCACCCUGUUCAUAGGCAAUACUAUAAUGUGAUAUAACAAAUGUCAAUAUGGGGAAUGGAUCAUCAAAAUUACCAUGGCAUCGGGACAAUGCAAAAAAGACCAUGAAAGUCAAAGCUACCCAUAGAUCCAAUAGCAUGUCCGGUGCUGUAGAUUCAGACAGAAGAGGAUCAGGGAUGCAAAGAGCCAUGACAGAUGGUGCUCUCCAGGUCAAUUUUAAAGAGAGUUCAUUUCUUGAAUCUGUGGAUCAAAAUUCGAAUGGAAUAUCAUUUGAUUUAAAAAUAAAUGACCUCAAUGGUAACACAAUGUCCAAUGCAAGCAAGAAUACAGAUGGAAGCGGUUUGACUCUCCCUACUGUGCAACGAAAAAGUUCUGAUAUCAAGGUUUCUAAAUACAGAGAUACAAUUUCUGAUUUAGAAUUGUACAAUCUUAUUAUUGCUGAAACAUGGCAAGGCCACCCUCAGAUUCAUGAUACUGGAUACUUGCUCUUGCUAGAUUGCAGGGAAAAAUCUGAGUACGAAGCUGCACAUAUCAUCACGAGUCGCCAUCAUUCAGCUUUGUAUUCAGAAUAUGGACUACUCAUGCCAAGUCAACUCAAGCUUUUUCAGAUUAUUAUUUUGUACAGCAAUUCAUCUUCCUGCAAAAAUAUUCUGGAGAUAAGUAAGAAAUUAUCAGAAGAUGAAGUUGAACAUUUUCUUCUACAAAGCGGUUCAUCACAAUUUUUUGAAAAAUAUCCAUUUUUAUCUACUCAAGGACAUUAUUUAACCAGUGAUAUGAGAAACACAUUACAGACCAUGCCAUCAGAAAUUCUACCAGGACGAUUAUACCAGGGUAAUGCAAAACAUGCAUUAGAUUCAUACAUCAUAACAUCGCUGGGUAUCACACAUAUUGUUAAUGUCACUCUGGAACAUCCAAACAGAUUUGAAGAUACUGUAAAAUACUUGCGGAUUCAACUUGAUGAUCGACCUCAAGUUGACCUUCACGCUUGGUUGCCAAGAACCAGUGAAUUUGUGCAGUCAGCUAUUGGUAGAGUGAGUAUUAAAAGUCAAACAACUGAAAAACAUGAAAAUGGAAAAGACUCCGGUGACAAUCGAACUCCUGGUGAUGUGAGCAGUAAAAAAGAAGUAGUACUUGUUCACUGUAAUUUAGGUAGAAGCCGCAGUUCCACUGUAGUUUUAGGAUAUCUGAUGCAAGCGUGUAGGAUGACUCUGAAAGAUGCAAGUCGAUUACUAAAAGACUGCAGACCAACUGUCCGCCCUAACAUCGGUUUUCUUGAACAGUUACUGCAAUAUGAAAAAGAGGUGUUUGGUAAAAAUGUAUCUGAUUUGAAUGAUCUGCCUUUUUAGAUUAUAAGUACAGUUUAUUUAGGCUUCUGUUUAAAAGCCUUAAUAAAAUUUCAUAACU